AUGCUUUCCUUUUGCGGUAGCUUACUACUGCUUCUGCUCUGUCAGGAUGCGCUAGGUGUCCCACGGCCAGAUUUCGGUCUUGAUGGCACCGUGCUCGGUAGUGUGGAGAUUAAAGCGUCCGCACAUGUCGCAGGCACAUCCUUCGACGCCGUCGAUGAGAAAACGAUCACCAUUUCAUCCCACUACACCCGGUUGCGGAACCUGCUGCAAGCACUGACGGCGAUCGGUGGUGACAUCGCAACCUCCGGUCAAACGCUCACGGCAAAGCUGGAAACAUUAGCACCCAGCAAGGGUCCACUCCCGACCGUAUUCAGCGACGUAACGGAGGCCAUCGGUACGCUGCGGACGCUCCUGCAAACGGGACUGGGCACACAAACCACCGCCAUCCAGCAGGCGGUCGGGAACUACAUCACGGACAUGCUGACCGAUGCCACCUCCGAGCUGCUGGUUACGCUUGCCACCAUUUCGACGCAAAUCGACGCCCUGCAGACGGGUGUGAACAAUGCGGUCGCUGCGUACGGUGCCGGGAACAUACCGACCAACGUCAUCCGGCGGUACGUGUCGCCGAAGGUGAUCUACGAGCUGGAGCGGGCGCUGGUGGAUCUUAACACGCGCCUGCCACUCGUGAAGUACAUCAUUGGGAUAACGCUGCAGCAUCUCAGUGCGGCGGAUGAUUACAUUACCGCGUUUAUGCGGCAAACCAGCAACACCGUGUUCGAGUCGCUGCUGCUGUACGACACGUUCCGGCUGGAGGUUCUGCAGAGUGCCUCCGACGCGUCGAACGCCGUCAUUGGACCGAUCCUGGCGGCGUACACGCAGCAAACGCAGACGCUGGAUCCGAUCAUACGCCAGCUGCCGGAUCUGAAUUCGUACGUCGACGCGCUCCAGCCGGUGUUUGAUUACUACGAUAAUCUGCUGAAGUACGACAAUCAGAUCAUGCUCACGAACAAGCUGGAGAAGAUAUUUACGGAUUUUCUCGCGUCCGUGGUAACGCUGGACGAUCAUAUCGAUGAGUUUUACGAUGCGAAACUGUGCGCCCCGGUACAGAACGUGCUGCAGGUGUUGAUCGCGUCCGGACCGUGGGCUGAAUACUGCUUCAGCAAGUACUCGGCGCGCGUGUACGAUCUCGUGACGGCUAAUACGAACCGGUUUACGAUGUGCUACCAGCUCGAGGCGAUCCGUUUGGAGCGGCUCCGUGAGCUUGUCGAUCGGCUCGUGCGGCAGAUCGUCUACGAUAUCGAGGACUUUGGCGGGAACAUUAGCACGUGCUAUUCGCGCGGUGAUACGGCAUCGGAUUGCGUUGCUACGAUCGGUCCGUUCAACAUUGACCUUAUCAACAACCUGACCGAUAAGCUGGCGGAUCUGAUGCAGCUGCUUAAGGUUGAAAUGGCGGCCAGCUACAGUCGCAUGGCAGCCUGCGUUUCCGGUGGUAAGUGUGAGCUCAUUUCGUCCGCCGAAACCAUCGUGACCGGUGUGUUGGCGUGCGAAAACUCCGGACCCAAGGUGUAG